UGGAAUAGAAAAACAAUGCAUGAAAGAACAACCACAGUACGGAUCAGACAACGAGGACAUCCGAACUAUCCAUCUCCCGCUUCAGACGAGAUCAAGGCCGGUGACCGCAUCGAAGCACGGGCCGUUAGAUAGACAGAAUGGGGCUUGAUGAUAGAUAGCAUCAAACGCCAUCCCCCACGCCUACAUUCGUACAGAGAAGGUGUGUCAGCAUUCGCUCACCCCGUUCCAAGAAUCCGCCUUGUGCGUCGCCCCAUACAUAGGACAUGUCCCACGAUAUCCACAUCGACAGACUCGCACGACACGUCCCAAGACAACGGAUCAAAAGGGUUCAAAAAAAUGCACGGAAAAGAGGGAUGUCAUUGUUACUCACAGAUCAUAAUCAUCACCACCAUCUUCUUUCUCCUUUACGGAGACCCAGAUCGCCCUGCAAUAGUGCUGCCGCGGCUGCCGCGGAGCCCAUCCGUAUUCCCACUCGGAUGUCGCAACGGCAUCGACCUCGUCGACUGCCCCGUAAAAAGACCCUGCGGGCUCCAGGGUUCCUGGUGUGGCUUCUCGCCCAGCCACCGCUGCAUCGAGUACGGGUUGGUCGUCGACCUCGGAAUCGCCGCAUGCCCCGCCUCCAACCCUUCCCGGUCGUCUCGGUCCCCGUUGCUGGUGGCGGCGACAACGACGACGACGGCGGCGGCGGCAGCGGCGGCGUCGGUGGGGCAUCCCGCCGAGUUGGACUCGGGCGGACCCGUGCCAUGCUUGCAUCCGUUCAAGGAUCCGUUCCCGUUGCCGUCCUCGGUCCCGGCAGCCCGGAGACGAGACAUGAGCGAGAUGAGAUACAAAAAGAAAAAAUCGAUUUUUUUUUUUAAAAAAACCUGGGCGCUGUGGAAAUAAUUGACUGUGCUCGGCGGACACAAGAGAAUUUGAGACACUCUCAAGUGAUAAUAGCCUCAAUGCUCAUCAAAAUAACGAGAGAGAGGGUAACCUUGUAGGGAAUACGAGGGACGAGAGGAUAGUAAAGUGCUUUCAGAUAUAGCCCAUGAACAAUUGAACGGCCAUCCCCAU